AUGGUAACAAUCACAAAUUUGAUUCCAUUUCAUGGAAUACUCAUUGAAACGACGGUGACCAAUGAAGUUUGCAUUGCGAAGAGCUGGAUACUCCACGUACUAUCAGAAAACCAAGAAGAUCCACCGGUGAUCAUCUCUCUGAACUCCAAGACAAACCCUCAAGAUGGUGCAAAGGCCGCUACCGUUCAGUUAUGCAUCAAAAACAAAUGUCUCAUACUCCAACUCCUUCAUGUGAACCAAAACACCAACCUCGAAGAAUGUUUUGGUGAUCUAUUUCGCGAUGAGAAAUUUGUUUUUGUGGGUAUAGGUAUUGCGGAAACGGCCAAGAAGCUCAACGGUCUAGUCACGCUUGUUAAGAAAGUUGAUGUUCGUGACCUGGUAAAGGUUAAUUAUCCUAUUAGUUAUGGUGUGAGAUCAAGGCUUAGCUUGAAGGCAAUGGCUAGUGAGUUGUUGGGUUUUGGUUCGUGGAAACCGAAAAGGCAGAUCUGUCCGAGAGAUUUGGCUAGGAGAGUUCUUGAUGAAGAGGUGAUUAAGUUUUUGUCCAUUGAUGCUUAUGUGUCUUAUGAACUUGGGUUUAAGAUGCUUACACAAUAA